AUCGCUUCCGGGAACCGUCAGUCGCUGCUGCUGCUGCUGCUUGCCUGCCUGCUCUUCGUGCCCAUAGUAAGAGGGAAAAUGUCGGCGCGCUGUCGACGGGGCUAGCCGUGUGCCGCCAGCGAACAGCCUGCUCGUGACGCGCCACGACGACCGCAUCGCGGCCCCGGUGACCUUGCCGGCCGAAAUUCGGCCCCGCGAAGCCCGUGAACGAUUAGAGCGUAACCCUCGCGAUUCGGCUCGACCUUCGCGCGCGCGAGAGAACGAGAGGGAAAGAGAAAAGGAGCCAAACGGUGGAAGGGAGACGGCGAGAGGCAACCGAGAUAUUGCAGAACGGUGGAGCGAGCGAGAGGCUGCGGGCGAGAGAGAGAGACGGCGAGCAGGUGCAAAACUACACCGCCGUGUAGAGGUCCCCGCGUAAGGGAAGAGCCAGACGGAGUGGAGGUGAGAGAGAAGGCAUACGGAGGAGAGCAGUGACAUGGCGUCGUUAGCGAUGUCAAUAGCGAAAAGUGAGUUCAUCGUGGGUGGCAAGUACAGGUUGAUGAGGAAGAUCGGCUCGGGCUCCUUCGGCGACAUUUACCUCGGCAUUAACAUCUCCAAUGGCGAGGAAGUUGCAGUUAAGUUGGAGAAUAUGCGAGCCCGGCACCCGCAGCUUUUAUAUGAAUCAAAGCUGUAUAAAAUAUUACAUGGUGGUAUAGGGAUACCGCAUAUACGUUGGUAUGGUCAAGAACGUGAGUACAACGUUCUUGUCAUGGAUCUUCUUGGACCAUCUCUGGAAGACCUUUUCACCUUUUGUUCAAGAAGGUUUACAAUCAAGACAGUCUUAAUGUUGGCAGAUCAGAUGAUUGGUAGGAUUGAAUAUGUUCAUUGCAAACAUUUCAUUCACAGAGACAUAAAGCCAGAUAAUUUUCUAAUGGGAAUUGGGCGACAUUGUAAUAAGCUAUUCCUCAUCGAUUUUGGAUUGGCUAAAAAGUAUAGAGAUAGUCGCACAAGAUUGCACAUAAUAUACCGCGAAGAUAAAAACUUAACGGGUACUGCAAGGUAUGCCUCUAUCAACGCGCAUCUUGGAAUUGAACAGAGCCGUCGUGACGAUAUGGAAUCUCUCGGCUACGUUCUAAUGUACUUUAAUCGAGGAUCGUUACCUUGGCAAGGACUCAAAGCUGCGACGAAGAAGCAGAAAUAUGAGAAAAUUAGUGAGAAAAAAAUGUCCACGCCAGUAGAAGUCUUAUGCAAGGGAUUUCCUGCCGAAUUUGCUAUGUAUUUAAAUUAUACACGAGGUCUACGCUUUGAAGAAAGCCCGGACUACAUGUAUUUACGCCAACUUUUCCGCAUACUUUUCCGUACAUUAAACCAUCAAUAUGAUUAUACAUUUGAUUGGACGAUGUUGAAGCAAAAGGCAGCGAGUAGUAAUAUUAGCGGCGGAGUGUCAACAGCUGGACCAGGUCUCUCUCAAGGUGCUCAAGGUGCUCAGGGGCAAGGGCAAGGCCAAGGACAAGCACCUACUCAGGCCAACGCUCAAUCAGGAGCGCGCUAAGACUAUAACUCCUCAUUGUAGCAACAAUCUCGAUCGCGAUCACUAAAGUGUUUCAAACGAGGUACCGAAUUUCUUACAGAAAUUAUCCUUCAAAGAGUCAUAUCAGUCAACACUCUAAUUUCGUGCAAAGAGAGAACGUGACGUAUGUAAUUACGAAUGUAACUACGAAUGUGGCAUUUGUGCAAAUGCGACAGAGGGAACAUGGUAUCACACAUUUACUGAAUCACACGAGAUAUUGUAACAUUGAGGCAACUUAGAGUUUCGGCUGAUUGAACUUUUUGGAUUUUGAAAUCCGAGUGAGAGACCAGCCAGCCAGCCAACCAGAAAAUGGCUUGUUCUUAUGUUAUUACGUAUUUAAUUUACCAUUGGUAAUCAUUGAAAAAUAAAGAUUUUGUUGCCCUGAAGAAGAGAUUGUAAGGGAAUACACGUAUUAUCGGGCUUAUACAAUAGGGGUGAUUCAAUUUGCGAAGCGACUUUGUGCAACUUUCAUGGAGAGAAAGAGAGGAAGGACGUUCAGACUUUUUAUUCUCAGAUACUCGCGUUAUUCUGCGGAGCGCGCGCGCACAUGUGGUGUAAAAUUUUAUAUCUAUUCUACAAACAGAAAAAAAGAGAUAUGGAAAAUAUAUGAAUGUUUCGUGAGAGUAUGAGCACUACCGUGGUAAAAUUGAUAUUCUGCUUCCUAAAAAUUUUGUUUUGUCUUCAGUAUAUAGCGUGAUCAUACUAGUGUAUAUGGAGUGUUGAGAAAGUGUUAAUAUUUUUCUUAACAAUGACGUCAAUAGUAUCAAAGGCACCAUUUCAUACUUUUGGUACGUUUGACCAGAAUAAUUUUUUUUUAUAUAAACGUACGGAUUACGUCUCUCUCCGAUAUAAUAUUGACAAGUUAAAGUAAUAUUAAAGAUACCUUAAUGUUAAGGCAACAAUCUAACUUUUAAGUAUGUACCGUACUGUAUCGAGUAACGAGUACUCCAUCGAGAAACGAACAAACGACUAACGAUUCUAUUGUAGAAAUAUCCCUCGAUUUACUCUCUUUCUGUCUGUGAAUAUGUUUAUUAUGAAUCGCAGAAGUAAAGAAGUUGCUGAAGAAGAAGGAAAGAAAUUUUGAGCAGUGGGAAGUAGUUACAAGCUUACUUUCAUCUAGAUAAUGUAAAAUAAAGUUAUCUUGUACGGAAAGUAUUCCUGUAACUGUGAGGCUCUAGCUGGAUAAUUCUUCCGUAUAUAGUUUUUAAUAGCCGAGACUGUGCAGUAGCUAUUUCACGUGCUGUUGCUUCAAGAUUAAGUUUGAUAUUUUGUAUACACAUUAAGGGACUUCAUACUUCAUCGUGACCAACGUUUUCGUACAUGCAUACACAUACAUACCGAGAGAAGUCACCUCGAGACAAGUCAGAAAUAGUUAUUGAUAUCGGCAAAUGCUAAAGAACUAUCGUUUUUAUUCAUACCAUAUAAGAUUUUAGUUGUAUUAUUUGUUUUAUAGCUGCUAAACUCUUCACGUCCAUGUUUCUGCGAGCAUUAGUUUUCCAAAAGUGUUACAUACGAUCAUUACCUUAAUACGAAUAAUAUUAGUGUGCGUUACACACGUCCUCGUCGUGGAAGGUACUACCAGUCGUCCGGUCAGCUUUAAGUACGAUUACAAUGAAUUUAACUGAAAUCUUAAAGCUUAUUGUAUCCGAAGAAGCGCGGAUUACGCUGCCUGACGGACACACUUUUGAGAAUAUGAAAAAGAUAUAAUCAAUAACCAUCCUCGAUUGAAUGUAUGGUUAAUUAUUAUUAUUAUUAUUAUUAUAAUGAAGGGAGUAAAUGAAAGUGUGUAAAAGUGCGUAUCAACAUGUGAGAAUGAAUGAGCGAGUAAGUUAAUAAAAAGUAACUAACGAUAUAUGCACUUAAGUACUAUCCGCUACGUGUAUAUGUGUAUAUACAUACACGUACUUGAGAUCAUCGCAUAUAUGUAUGUGUAUGCAUAUGCACGUAUACAUGUCUGUAUGUAUAAUAAAAUUGUGACAGUAAUUAAGGCAUACCUUAUUUCAUAAAUAUUUGAGGAAACUACAUCAACGGUUUACUGCUCCUUUUAUCUCUACAAAUAAAAAACUGGAAUAUUGUACUAUAAA